GUAGCUAGACUUUCUUGGUCCCCUUUUCUCGUCUCUUCUGUUUUGUGGAGGCUCUCUCAUCAUUGAAGCUACUACAUCUUUUACGACGAUCCAAACAACUAGCCAGGCCCGCUGUCAAAAACACUCAUCACCAACUACUACUUACUGGCUUGGCUGCGCUGCACUCUUGGACGUUUAUUUGUUCUUGUUUUGAAGGCAAUUUAUGCCAUGCGCGGCUAUCACAAACCCAUAGAAGUCUGCUAACCAAAGCGUCACCUAUCUUUCAACUCUACAUGGUGUCGGCCCCAGAUCUCUCCGAAGAUCUCCAGUGCAGUCGGAGGAAUUCGUAGCAUUAGUUUUAAAUAGCACAUCCCGAUCACGCCAAAUCAAUCGUAGUCGCUUCUGGCAGAUACUUGGCGUUCCUAGAUCGAAAACCCAGCUCACCUGGCCUGCCAUGUCUGGACGCAGCGCAUACGUGAGAAAGAAGAUCACCGAGCAAAGACCUGGUGGGCGGCAUGUAGGAAGCGGUCAUUCUGAGCUUGAUGCUGAGUCAAUCAGCGAAUCGGUACUCCCGCAAAGUACCGGGUAUGGCACUACCAAUGCGCGACUCCUCAAGUUUUACGAAACGGCGCGGGAGGCGGAAUUGAACAGCUAUCGUCCCCCCAUCAUAAAUCUCGGUAAUAACAGCAGUGGAAGCCAGAGUGGUGGAAGUGAAUCCGGCAAGCGGGAGGGGGGAAGUAAUGCAUCUCAGCAAGGGCCUAUGCCCGACUACGCAUAUGCCAGAGCGCGGAAGCCUGUAUUAAGAACGGAGGAUGUGUCGGGUAUCGAAAGGUCUGGUUUUCGAAGUGCGAUGGACAAGAAGAGCGACGAGUUCCGCAAAGGCAUCACGAAAGCCUUCUCAUUUGGGGCCAAGAAGAAGAAGGGACUCGAUGUAGGAUUCAGACCCGAUUCAUCCGCCACAGUCAGGGGCCACCGUGAUAUGGAUUCCUUUGACAUGCACGAAGGACCCGGGACACCUGCCCAGCACCCGUCACACCUCGUAUGGGAUCCAGAAUAUCAGCAGAUGCUUUCGCCGCCGCCGUCAGCUAAACUCCCACCGAUCCCUCCACAAUCGAAUGCACCACCCAUUAAACGCUGGAUUGGUGCCGGGAGACCUGUGCAACGAUGGAACAAGCUACGAAAGGAUCCCGAGUUAUGGGAUCCCAAUGGGGAUGUGCUAGUGUUCCUUGGCCGCAAAGGACAGGUCCCGCGACUAAACCCUUCUUUCCGUCUUUCGUCUCAUAUCAUCGAGACAACCGAAUCUCGUUUCCUUCUCACCCUCCUCCGUGAAGGGUCCACUGAGGAUGAAUACGAUCCGCGGGUUCAAAUGCCCCCGUCGCCCAUCGGCGCACCCCCGAUGCUUCGGCCACAUGGUGUGCACCAGCAGCUAGGAUAUAUAGGACGGAAUGGCCAGCCCACCCCGCCAGUUUCGGAAGAUACCAAUCUCGCGGAUGCGGAUGGACAGAUCUCAUAUGAGAUGUACUUUCCCACUCCGCCUAACUUGAGCAGACUCGAAGCGCAUCGGCACGCGAUCACGACGCGCAACGUAUUUGCGCUCUUGUACCAUGCUUCUCUCGUCGGCCUAUCCCUUUUCCAGGCGUUGUCCGACUUGCUAACCCGUCUUACGGCGUACAUGCCCUCCGACGCAGAUAACCUCGGCACCAUCCUCAACUAUCUGUCUGGGCGCGGCAUCGACGACUCUCGGAACGAUCCGGAAACCGCCGUGUCCAUGCUGGCGUGGUCUGAGUCCGCGGAAGUGCGGUGGGAGGAAGGAUGGAACGAGGCGUUUGUGCAUUGCGCCGGGAUGUACUCUCGGUUGGAAGCCUGCGCGGACUUCAAGAACAUCACGCCCAUCACGCGCGCGCUUUUGGAGCGUGCGUAUCUGGAAACCCAGCUGCGCGUGCAAGCUGCCGAAGAGCGCCUUGCCGAGUUCUCUUGCGGAGAUAUCUGGCCGACGUCAGGUCCUGGCGCGCGAGGCCCUGCACGAGAUGCUGCUGAGCGCUUGCGCCAGUUUUUCGUCAAUUAUCAUACUACGGUACACGGCGAUUGGCCCCCUCCUCUCGAUGCGAAUACGCGGACGGCGGAUGGCGAAGAUAUAUGGCUCACAAGGACAAUGGCAAGACAAAUGCAGAAGGAAUUUGGCGCGCUCUACGACUACCUCGUCAACCGCGACAUCGUGUGGGAUGAAUCCGAAACCCGUAGCAGUCGCAAGUGGAUGAUGGUGUCCGAGAGUGGCAACAAGUCCUUCGACCCGGAUACCCCUGAGCUCCCGCUCACGGAUAUGCUGAUUGAGUUUGACAACCGAAUGCGAUUCCCUCAUAUCCCGCAUCCGUACCCUCUGGUCCCCGAAUCCAUUCCCCCGAUCUCACCGCCUACCUCUGGCUCGAAUCGCGAAAAGUUGCGGAAGGACAAAAACAGCAACGCGAAACAAAACGGCGAGAGGCGCGCGCAGCUCGCAUACACGGAAGCGACUAACAUAUACAUACUCGGAUCUGACUUCACCCAGUCCGACCUAAUCGAGAGCUUUGUGAAAUUCGAAAAAGCGGACCAAGUUGGCAUCGUGGACCCCUUCGUCGCGCGCCGGGGGCGGUGGGUGCUUAUCUACGGAAUCCUGCAGACCCUCGCCAGCGUCUCCGUCGACUCGCCCAACAUCCGGUACAAGGACAACGUGGCGUACCACAUGUCACCCUGCUUCAACGGCGCCAAGGCUCCCCCGUGGAAGGGGGCGUCCGGCCCCGUGGCCGAGGCCCGCCACGAGCUUUCUCACUGCUGGACCGUGCCGCGCACCUGGCAGCAGCAGGCCGGCAGCAACAACAGCGGUGGUGACAGCGGCGGCGACUCCGACGCGGAUGUCUCCGUCACGUCGAGGUCAAGGUCGCGCGGCGGCAGCAUCUCAGACCCUGUCCUCCGCAUGAUGCGCGCGCAGGCCCGCAUGUUCCCGCGCCCGCCCGGGACGCCCGCCACGACGAGGUCUAAUAAGACGGACGGCUGGUACACGGCGCGCAGCGUGCAGUCCAGCAUCGUCGGUGACAAUACUGGCGCUGGCGGUGGUAGUGGUGGUGGUGGGUUGGCGGCGCCGCCCACGCCGACGAUCUGGGGCGGUUCCUCGGCAAGGAGUGUCGUGAGUUCGUACUCGGAGGACGCGGGAUCGAUUGCAAGGCCGCAUUCUUCGGCACGGUAUUACCAACAAAACCAGCACCAGAACCAGCAUCAAAGCCACCACCAAAACCAAAAUCACGGAUACGGCAGCGUAAACAGCAGCGUCCACCACCACCAACCAAAAAGCUACGCCCCCUCCCGCGGCGCGCGCAGCGAGCGCAGCUAUGCCACCUUCGGCCCCGGCCCCGGCAGCGUUACCGGCAGCGUCAAGGCCGACGACAAUAACAAUAAGUGGCCCGAGCCCCACGGCGCCCUCGGAAAGCGAAGGAUGAAGAAUCCGAAGCACCUGGACUUGCAUCUGGACGUGUCGCGGUUCGAUGACUAUGGGGAUGGGGGAGGUAGUGGGGGCGGGGGGUAUAGCCCAACGAGCGUGGAUGGGAGUAGGAGUGGUGGUAAUGGUGAUCGUGGAGGGGGGAGCGGUGGUAGUGGUGGGGGAGGGCCAAUACUGAGCCCGAAUAGCUCGGAUGGGUUGGGGCCUGUGAUUAGGGACUUCGAUGAGCUGGAGUCGGUUGUCGAGGAAAGUCUGUAGGUUAGGCUAGGUUGGGAGAGGAGAGGAGUUGGUGGGGAUGUGUGCUUGUUAGCAGCUCGAGUUUUUUGUUCAAUGUAGUUCGAUAUACCAACCUACCUUUUAGGCAAAAAAAGACUUGGGGUCUGGGACGAGUUUACUGUUAUAUGGAUAUUUUAUAUGGAUAUGUUAUAUGUCUGGCCUGGUCUGGUGGUGGAGGGGGGGAAGAGGCCAAACUAACUAUGUAGGAGUAUUAGAGGAAAAGGGGGGAGUUAGUUAGGUACCUAACCUAAGUACUUUCUUGAUCUUUACGGUACCUACCUACCCCAUUUGAAUUAAUGAUGUGUGGACGAUGUCGACGAUGUGAGUGUUUGACUUGCACUACCUACCUGCUUCAUCAUAGUUGGUU